ACUUCUGCUUCCCGAGACCGUGGACACAUCUGACUCCCAGACACACAGGAGUUAAACUUAGUUUAUGAACAAAGGGUCUAAAGGAAAGUUUUCAAGAGUUUCCAGCCGCUGAAAAUACUCUUUUUAAGUUUCAGGAUUUGUUUGUGAUGGAUUCAAACUCUUCAAUCUGAGGUAAGUAAAAAUACCUGAAAAGUUUUAGUCAUGGUGCUGUGGUCUUGCUCUGUUUCCUCGACGUCAGUUUGUUUUACUUAAGAGUGAAACUUUAAGAUAAACGUGUCUUUAUUUAUUUACAUUCUCAGUAUAAUGAGCCGUGUCUGAUUUAAAUGCCGUACACACACAGACAGACAAACAGACAGUGAGCAUGUGAAGGCAUGUUCCCCUAAACUGACUCAUUUCCAGCUUUUCUGGUUCACUAUUUCCCAAACUUUCCUCAUCAUGAGAGCAGUGUCAAACUGGGACUUGAAGAUAAGACAGUCAGCCUCCCCAACUUUCCUCUGAAAAUACUUGAAUGUAUUUAACAUGUUCUCAGUUCAGUAACAGCCUCAACUUUUCUGCACUUUUAGUGAUUUGAAAUGUCCAAAUGCAACAUACCAAACACUUUACUUUGCUUAAAUUUGAUCAUUUCUGAUAGAUGCCACUUGUAGCCGACUUUAUAUUCAUUUUCCAAGCAGUUUUCCUGAGCUAUUUAGUACUAAAAAUGAACUUUAAACCAGGGGUGUGUCCAAGUUUUUUUAGAUUAGGGUGGAAACUUGGGAGCAUUUUCAUUUUGAGAGUCUUUAAUAGAUUUUUUUUAACUCAUAGGCUACUUCACUGCCAGUCAGCAGGCUAACAGUGUUGCACAAAGAGCCCUGCAGCCAUGCCAUGUGUCCCUGAUCUUGUUUUUUUUAAAGGGGUAACAGUUGUCAACUCCCAUGCAGAGAUUUCCCAGACUGGCAGAGCUGGUACUCUAGUAUCUGUGCAUACCAGGGACGACGGUGCCCUCAGAGCAUUUUUCUACUUCUCUUUGUUUUCUUGCCGUUGGACUGAUAGUGACCUGGUUGUGCUGACCUGACCAUGUGGUUAUUUUUCUCAAUAAAACGUGGGCAGAAAAGCAGCCUCUAGGCUCUUCUACACUGUCAUUUCAAGGUAGGAUUUGGUCCGCAUGAGAGAUCAGCUUUACAAGCCUGCUCUGCAGCAGUUUGUACACCUCAACUAUAUAUUCUGUAGCUUUAGUCAUAACCAUCAUCCUGCUGGGGAAAAUAUAAGAUUUAGGAAAAAGAUGCAGCUGGUUUUGUUUUUGUUGUGAUCCGCUGUCAACUUUCUUAUAAAUUUUAACUUUGGCGUGGCCGAUCAGACUUUUAGGGCGCUCAUGCCACCCCUGGAAGCGCCUCUGCUCCUAACUAGCUGCAGCAGUCAUGUCACAUCCUAACUAAACAUUCCCUAUACCAUUAAAUCAGUGCUUUUUUAUCUAAACACUUAUUUGAUCGUAGACUUUUUCUUGUUUGUAGACUCACAGUUCAUUACCAAAAACUUCAAUUUGCCAAAUGACAAAAACACCAAUAUGAAACAUAUGAAGCUGCAACCAGAACAUCUUUGACACUUAAAUGCUACCAAACCUUCCCCUGAGUGUAGAAAUGAUUCUUUCAGGUUUUCAUGUAAAUACCAACUAUCCUAGCUAUACCUCCAAGUUCUCAAAAUGCUGCUGACACACUUUGUUUUAAUGCAAUUUGCAUACAUUUAUGUUGCUACUUAUUCCGAUUAAAAAGCAAAAUUUCAUGUAUUUCUGGCCUCCCUUUCCUGAUCUUGUAUUGUAGUACUCUCUAACAAAGACGUUUUGUUUCCUGUUAACUGUCCGUCACACUUCUCACUGUGUAAAUUUGCUGAAAUAACGUAAACAAAGUCCUUAAAGUCAACACGCUAUAAAUCACUUCACCAGAAUCCGACACAAUGGCAGCAAAUAUUAGUUCCUCUACUUUUUAUCUUCACAGUUCUUUGUGUUUUUUGUUGUUGGUAACGUCGUCUUCUAACUUCACAAUGAAGUGCUUGAAGAAAGCCGAUAAUUACACAGGAUCCACAAGUGAUGAUUUUACACCACAGUCUUUUAUUUUGAAAUUUUUCUUUGCCCUCUUUUCCUCAUGAGAGGUUAGAGUUGAGUCACAGCUGAUGGUUUCUUUUAACGUUUCUUUAAAAGAAAAGAUGGUUAUCACUCUGAGAGCGUCUCUUGAUUGACGAGGUUGGUUAGGGUUUGGGAUGCGUCACCGAAUGAACCUUUUUAUUAUGACUUUUUACGACUAAUUCACUCAGAUGGAGAAGUUGAAUUGAGUUGGCUUUAAAUAGGAAGUUUCCGACCAAAUAAUAAAUCUUUGAGAGAUGAAAUUGAAGGAGAAGGUCAGUUGAAGGCAUACUGUGGUUUGAAGUGGGGUUGUGUGAGGUACUUGUCCCUUCAGUGAAUGGAGGUUAGCUCGGCCAUCGACUCCUCCCUCGUCAUUAUCAUAUUAUACCAUAAUAAAACUAGCUUGAAUAACCUUAUUUGUCAAAGAAUCAAAGUCUGCAUGACAACAAUCGCUAAAGUAAUAUCAUUUUCAUAAAGUUUGCAUCAAUGGAGCUCAUUGUAGAUAAACUCAAAGCUAAAGGUCGAGUAUUUCUGUCCUGUUCCCAGUGGAGAAACAAGAAGCUACUUGAAGAUGCGACCUUGUUCAGGGAAAUUGUGACAGCUGUGUCUCAGUGUUGUUCCUACACAGCCAUGCAUCAUACUUCCUUAUCAUCCAGAGGCGUUAUGGUCGGUGAGAGAUUGCUUAAACCCACAUGACGGAAAAAUAAUAUAGACACUGCAGAUGAGUCAACACAUAAGGUUAGCAGUUGACUUAAAGUGUAAAGAGCCAAAGUGAGUUUCGAACAUGGCGCAAUUGUUGCCAGACAUUGUGGUCUGUGCAUCAGAAACAGCUGCACCCUUGGGAUCCCUGCACACAUGACUGCAGAGGAUGAUGCAAUCCGCCAAAAAAGAGAAAGAAAAACUGCAGUCAGCUGAAGUUUGGGUGAGCACACUUCAGUCGGUGAAUGAGGUCAUAGGAUAAAAGACUAAAUGAAGCUGACACAGAGGCAAACAAGCCCAGUACCGCUCAGUGCAGCGGUAUGUGUGCAGCUGAGAUCGAAACAAAAACUCACACUGGUCAUGUGAUCACCAAACCGGGUGGUUGGCAGAGAAGAUAAAAAGUCGCCUGGUCUGUUGGAUGUCAGGUUUCUGUUUUGACACAGUUGAAAGAAUUUAGCAAAAUUUAGAGCGAGAUCAUUUCAGCUUUGAUUUCUGGAUCCUGGCUGAUGGUGCUGUGUCUGUUUUUCUUGUCUCUGAGUCAGCAGGUGACCAUCCACUGGAUUCUGCAGUCUCCACACUUCAAAUAGAUUCUCCUAAUCUUUUAUAAACUCUGUGACAGACAUGACAGUGAGUGAAAGCGAGGGUUUACUGUCGCUCCUCAGCUCUGGUUUCAAGAUAAGACGUGGGACAGAGAUAGGAUGACGCCUGAAUUACCACAUUGUCCAAUUGCAGGCAGGCAUUGCACCUUUCCGCUUUACCCAAACAACUUAUUGAACUCUUAUUGCUUGGGCUUAAAAAACAGACUUUAUUCCUUUUUAGCCUGUCAGGUGUUCAGAGAGCUUCACGAUGCGGUUCGCUCUCCGGCUGUGCUUGUCUGACGGUCAUGUAUGGCAGCUUUUCUCGGCACGCUGUACAAGACAGGGAGCAUUUUGUUCAUGUUCGCCAGAGGUAGGCUACAUAUAUUCAGUGUCGACUAUGUUUUUAAGUUGAAAUAACUACAAAUUAUCAGUUUUGUUAGAGAAGAGCUGCAAAUUGGAGCUGGAGCUUCUACUUUUCCCUGUUUGCUAAUAUGCUCAAUCUGUUAACCUUCAACAUCUGCUCCUGCUUUAUGUUUUAGGAAGAUAUUUGUAGACCUGUGUGUCCACAAAGAUGUAAAGACUCUGACAUUUACUCUAAGGCUUUUAGUGGCAGUAACAUUACACCUCAUUGGCUAACUAAUGAUGAUGCUGAGCUGACCACAGGAGGUCCCUCCUCACAGCAGCCACUUGAAUAUUUCAUCGCAUGGCUGAAACAAGUGAGAGAGAGAGUGCAUGUGAUUGCAGGCUAUGUUGUCAUUGUUGUUGGCGUGUCUUGCAUCAUCCCAUUGUAAUUCUCAGAAUUACAUACAAGUCUAGUCAAGUCAGCGCAACAUCGGCCCAUUCCCCUCAGACUGGAUUCCACUUUCUAUAUCCAGUAACAGGUAACGGACUAGCCUGCGGGUUAUUGACACAACCUGAUAACACGCUGGUCUGGUUUGAGCUAACGGCUUCAACUUUCCGAAAUGAAGGAUGUCUGGAAGUAUGAAGCCCCUGCAGCCACAUCAAACUCAAGUGCAAGAAAAAGUAGUUGACAUAAGAUAAUAAUUUUUGUCUACAAUAUGAUUAUCCAGCUGAAACAUGUAGGACCAAGAUAUCCUUUUGUGCAAACCAGUCCUCACCUGAGGGAAACAAGUUAUUUAUCUUGUGCUCACAAUAGGGCUGGGCGAUAUGGCCUCAAAUCAAAACCACGAUAUAUUGAACAGUUCACCUCGAUAAUGAUAAAUGGACGAUAACUACUCCACAAGCUGCUCACCCCCUCCCACAUUAACUUCGUCUACUUCAGCCGCUAAAACUUUUGAACUGUCCUCCAUCUCCUCACCUGUCUUUCCCUCUUUAGGGUUUUAGGGUGGUGGUGGAGAGCUGGUGUGAGCGAUGUUGGAUAUGAAAACACGCUGGCUAAAUUCUAGGAUAAUGUCUUUUGGUUAAUUCAGGCGUCCAUUUGAUGUGCAAACAAAAACUGGUCUUCUCAGCAUCUCUGUCCUUGACUCCACAGCUACUGAGUUCCCGCUCUCUGUUCAGGUGUUCCCAAUUCCACAAUCAACAGGUCUUCAUACAAAGUGACAGGAAAUGACGUCUCUUUGUCAACCUGCUUAUUCCCCCAGGGUUCACCCGACAAAUGCAUGCUUAUGACACCGCUGCUGCACCUCUGUUUAACCAGCUCAUAGUUACAGAAAGAAAAGAUCCUAAACCUAUCCCUUAAAUGCCCUGCUGUGGAGUAUUUUCAUGCCUCUACAUUUUGCAGAUGAUGUGCAAAGGUAGUUAUCUUCUUGCACAUACACUACAAUCAUCUUGUGCACACAAGAUUGUAUUUUUCACCUUUGAACCUUGUGGGUUCAGUAGGAGGAUUUUCAGGCUUUUUGAAUGUGUAAGCCUCUGAUUCCCAGUCAGAGAAAAAACCCCUGGUCAUCCGUAUGGUGAGCGUGCUGACUCUUGGCCAGGUCAGGUGACGGCUUUAAUCUUACAUCACUUAUUCUGUUCUCAUGCUUGUACUCAAACUAAUAGCAGAACAACAUAUAUGUUCUUCUUUUGUGGAGUAUUGUUCAAGACUUCCUAAUUCAGAGGAGUGCAUUAGUCCGGAUCGGCUCCAGCUGAUUUCUCAGACACUUUUAGGAAGGGAGGGAUUUUGAUAUUAUAGAAAUGUAUUACCUCCUUCAUUUUCUCAUGCCUUACUGCCCUGUCUCUGUGGGAAAAGGGUAACAGAAAUAAUUGGGAAGUAAACCAUCUCAUUUAAUUAAAACUUAUUACAAAGACUCAAGGGUCAAGAGUCAUUCGACCAACCUCGCCGCCGACUGCUGAAUGAUUAUUUCACUGAGUGUCAAGCAUAGUCUUAAGGUUCAGCGGAGCAACUUAAAGAAGCUAUAAUCUCUGAGUCUGGCCUAAUUAGAAGUGACACACAUCAUCAAGGUGCUUAGAGAUACAGGUUUGCAAUUGCUAAGUGGUGCAGAAAAAAAAAAAUCAGAUAGACACGGAAACCAUGCCAAACACUCUCUCUCUCUCUCCGUGUUUUUCUGCAUAGUAACAACAGGCUGUUAAUCUGUAUUCACCUUAACUAAAGGCCUCUCGACCGGAUUGCUGGGUCAAUGUGAGCGCUGAGCGGAUUAAGUCCUUUGUUUUGCUGUUACCACUAGUUAGCAGGGUGCUCUGAGGAGCAGCAGGAGAUCCACAGGAAGCCAUGUUCUCGCUAUUUUGGAUGAAAUUGAGACACCGGUGCAGGCUGCAGUAUGUUCAUGUACAUGAAGGAAGAGAGGGUAAUGCGUGUUGUGCUGAGAGAGCUGUUCCUGCUCCAGAGAGUGAUCGAGAAGCUUGAAAUGUCCGUCGUGUCAAACUGUCUUCAGUGCAUCAGAAUGGGGAGAGGCAGCAGGUAUGUGAACUGGGGCGUUUCGUGUUAACUGGAGGGGAUUGAUUCUUCUGUCCGAUGUCAGCUGGCAUGCUUAGUCACACAGAGAGCUUAAAUUAUGGCAUAUUUACUUUAAAUAAUAUCUUGUAAUUCAAGCGCAAGCAUGUUUAUGUAUUUGAUAGGAAGGAAAACAAAAAAAGUGUUAAGUUAAAAGUCAUCUACUUUGACUUUUUGCAAAGACUCCAAGCUACCCAGCUGACGAUCACGACUUAACUCCAAGAUUUGUACAAGUACUACAGGUGAAUGGUCGGGGAAGUAAGCUUAAGCUGCAAGUGAAUGCUUCCUGUGCACUAGAGGAUGACUGAGCACAAUGAAGUGUGAUUUACUCUUCCAACAAUUCUGAGGGAGUUCGAGUUUGGCCAUUUCACCCCAGCCUGUUCUAUGGUUAACAAAAGGUCUGCAGUUAUAAUCUUUAUGCUAACUGCUAGACUCUCCAACAUUUACCCGCAUAUGUAGUCAUAUCACUUCAUAUAGUUACAGGUUUGGGGAUUUUUUUAACUGAUUGGGAAUCAGCAAUUUGAGUCAAUCAUCCUCCUGCUCAUCUGCAUCAGCUGUCAUAAAAUGAGUAUAAUUCGUGGCAAUGCAAAUGUGCAAGUAAUUUAGGGACACUGUGGCUAAAUCGGAUCAUUUCACAAGGUGUUAGCAGGAGAGCUGGGAUCAAUGCUGCCAAUUCGAUUUGACAUCUAAAAACUGAACAUGCAGCAGAUCAUUGCAUGGUCACAGCUACAGAGGGGAAACACGGCUGCACUAAAGGAAUUACAGGUAUCCUUGUGAGAGCAAAAAAGCCAAAGAGACUGCGGAGACGAUGGUUGAAUUUGUUGCUUUGACAUCCAUCUUUGUUUUAGAGCUUUUAGAUUCAUGGUAUGUCCUGUCAUCUAAACACCGAAUAUUAGACGCCACUGUACUGAAGCUGGAGCUCUGAUCCUUGCUGCACGCCUGAUUGGUUCUUCCGGUUCCCACUUGUGCAGUAUUACAUGCACACCAGUUCAGUCAUUUGCAAACAAAACAAUGACCUUUCGGCUCUGUUAUCUCUGUAAAUGCAAACACCAGAGUGGACUCGGUAUCAGCUGAUACUCAAUAAUCAAAAAUUGGGGAACUGGAGGCCAAAACAAAAGUGUUGCAGACAAGCUGAUAACAGGUCGUCAGCUGCAGAAUGUCGCCUGUACUAAAACUUAACUUUUCCGUAAUUUCACCAGUAUGUGUCAGCCAGAACUGCAUCAGUUUUUCUUUUAGAUGUUCAGUGCACCACAGAGACUGCAAAUAGAACCAAUAUGACAACAUAAGUGCCUCAAUUGUGAAGUUUUUUAGGAGUAUAUCCCCAAAACACAGAUUUCUGUGAGAGCCAGAGUCUUUGGAAUCGCCUUUCAUGAAUUAUUAACACCAAAGUGUGUUGUCCCGCCUCCAUAAAGAGUAAAAUUGAGUUGGUUAAAUUAGUCUGUGAUCUCCCGCUUUUCCAGAAUUUGCCAAAACUUAAAGAUUUUGAGUAUGGAUGAGGUUCAACAAGGCUUCACAUCUGCAACAAUGCAAAAAAAAAGUAUGUUUUCUUAAUUCAGGUUGUGUUAAGGAUAAUUGUUUUGUAGCAAAUAACACUCGGUUUGUCCUGAGUUAUUGAGAGGGAGCAGCGAGGCUUAACUCUAAUGAUCAAUUUCCUCCGAGGUUGUUAGGCUUUGUUUGGGGUUCAGCAGACAGACAGACCGUGUGGGCGGGAGGUGCCUUCUGUCUGAGCCAUAAUACUGGGUCACUCAGGGGAUCAAAAGUCAGCUCAGAACAAAGCGCUGUACUCACACAACCCUUUGAGAGCAUGAUGGCUAAUCCCAACUUGCUGGCAAAUGCCAUUUGUUUUGAUGUAAUCUGAGCUAAACUUUCCCACCAUUAAACAGGGGGGUGACGGGCGUAGAUGUUAUAAAUGGCAGUCCUCACCACAGACACAGAAGAGUUUACUUUGUAUUCAUGGUUAAAUGUACGGCACAUAAUUUCGUCUCCGGGUUAUUUUGGAGCUCCCCACAGACAGGAAAUGCUCUGUCCUAUUUUGGAUUUAUAGUUCGUGUUUCUGGUCUAGACUUCUUUUUUGCCGUCUUUUGCUGCCUUCAUUCGUGAGUGCUUUCAGGGAUGGAAAAGAUCCUCGCAUCCAGGCUUUAGGGGAGAUUGUGUAAUCACUCAAGUGUUUCAUUUAAAGUUUGACAGAGAACAGAGAAACGCUGCACAGAAAACAGCUUCUUGUUUUACUUGCCGGAACAGAAUUUGAUGGUGUUUUUGACGCCAUCGCUGUCAGCGUUCUGUCACUUUGGGAGGUUAAAUUACGAAGUUGGUUACAAUUUGCGCAAUUAGGAGUCACUUUGUCCACUGUGAAUGAAUUUGCAGGUGUUAUCAUGUGUGAUGAGGAUUUUACAUGUUAAGAUUCACUGCCUUUUUUUUUUUGACAUAGUAGUAAUUUGACACUAAUUUGAUAAACUGAAAAUGUGAUAAUACCGAAAUUUACGAUUACCUCAUGAAAAAAUAGUUAUUUAUUGUGCACUUGAAUGAACAAAAUAUUGACUUGUAAAUACAAUAUUAUAACUUGUCUACACAAGGUAAUAACUUUAGGGCACAAUAAAUCAACUUGUGUGCAAGAGAUGCUCCCAUGGUGGGCACAAGAUAUUUUUUGUCGUAAGGUAGUUAAGAUGUGUAAUUGGUUCCCAGAAAAUCAUAUUGUGAGCUAGGGCUGGACGAUAAACAGAAAAUUUACCAAUACCGAAAAUUUACGACAAUAACCGACGUCAUUUUGCCCAUAUUGGUAUAUUUGGUGUCGAAAAAUGAAUAAAUAGACGUUUGUUUUGGACAUGUGUAGGUAGGCUAUGGUCUCAUGUCUCUUUAAGACGCUGUCCUAUGUCAGAGACGUGACUCCACCCCAUCCAGUCCGUAACAAAGAGGUAAAGACAGGUGAGGAGAUGGAGGACAGUUCAAAAGUUGUAGUGGCUGAAGUAGACGAAGUAAAUGUGGGAGGGGGUGAGCAGCUUGUGGAGUAGUCCAUUUCGUCCAUUUAUUAUUAUCGAGGUGAACAUGAUAUUGAUUUGAGGCCAUAUCGCUCAGCCCUAAUUUGAAUGUUUUUACUAUCCUUAGAUCAUAGUUGGAAGUUUGAGGACACUAGAAAGAAAGAGACUAAUUUAUUGGUAGGAGGAUGUUAUCCAGCUAUUAGAGGUCUAAUACAAACAGGAACAUGUGCACAUUCAGAAUUAUCCAGCAGACUGCACUCAGACAUCAUUGUUUACAGUUCUCUCAGCUCUGUCUGGGGCAAAUGUAGCAGAGCAUCACCUCUGAAUGGAUGUUGGUCUUUGUGUCUUUUGGAUGCAUCAACUCUGGGAGUUUUUACACUCUGAAUUUAAAGCAUAAGUGCUCAUAAUUUGAUGGUUCCCGCCUCUGACCUUUAUUCUUAGUUUCCUUUCAUUAUAACCAGAAUCUCUGACUGUCUGACAAAAGCAACACUUGAAGAUAUCUGUUUGGUUUCUCAGUAGAUCGCUUGAUUAGACUAACCAAAACCAACCAAUUAAUCAAUUGAUUUAAAAUCUGUUCUGCAGAUUAUCCUCUGCUAAUCAAACUGAUUAACUGUACUAACUAUCAGGGGCUGUUUCAGCUCUUCACCGCUCACAUACCUGUAUCUCUCUCCCUCGCAGGAUGGAGUCGUCUUGUUUGGACCUGGCUCUGGAAGGCGAGCGGCUCUGUAAGGCCGGUGACUAUCGCGCGGGCGUGUCCUUCUUUGAGUCCGCCAUCCAGGUUGGAACAGAGGACCUCCAGAUCCUUAGUGCCAUCUACAGCCAGCUGGGCAACGCCUACUUUCACCUCCAAGAGUAUCAGAAAGCUCUAGAGUACCAUCAACAUGACCUCACGCUCACCAGGUGAACGGUUUCUCAUGCUAAUCCUCACUUGAACCAAAACUGUAGCUCCUUUCUGAACUUUUCUCAGACUAAUUGGACAAAUUUCCUGUUUCCUGCUGGUUGAGCCAGCAUACAUCCUAGUUUUAGCCAAGAUUAAACUCUAACAAUAUAUUUAGAGGAAAUGCCAAGACUUUUUAAUAACCAUUUCCCCCUUUCGUGAUUUAAUUGCUCGACUCCACUCGGCUAUAUUGCUGCUCGCGGCCGUUAUUACUCUCUUGCCUCUUGUGUUUUCAUACUGAUGCUUCAGUAGUCUACUAAUAUUGUGCUCUAAUUAUUUUGUAAUGUGUUUCUUUCCUCCUGUUUAAAUUAUAGAACAAUUGGAGAUGAGCUUGGUGAGGCAAAAGCCAGUGGCAACCUUGGGAACACAUUAAAACUUUUAGGACGGUAUGAUGAAGCUAUUGUUUGUUGCCAAAGACAUCUGGAUAUCACCAGAGCCAUUUACGAUAAGGUAGGUCUCGUUUUGAUGAUUUCUUAUGAUACAGCUGCCUGGUUUAACAUUCAUCCAGCCCAUGUGUUUGUAACUAGAAGACCUUAUUGCUUUUAUUAGAAAAAAUAGAUCCGAAUUUGUUUUCAAUCACCCCACAUGACAUGCCCUGAAACCACAGAGCAGUUUUGGUAUGCACGAUGACUGCAGAGCGUCGGUGUACCAGCAUCUAGAAUAGUUUGCCAGCCCGCAUGCUAACCAGCAGGUCUGGUGUCAGUGUAUUUUAAGUAUGUAAUUAUAGCACUGGUCACUCUGGUUUCCGUGUGUUAAAAUCUACUGUGCGUGCUGUAGGUUGGGCAGGCUCGGGCGCUGUAUAAUUUCGGGAACGUUUACCACGCCAAGGGUAAGAACAUCUGCUGGAGUGGAGCCGAGCCAGGAGAGUUCUCUGAGGAGGCCCGGGCAGCCCUGAGGAAGGCGGCGAAGUACUACGAGUGAGUUGGGUUUUCCUCUGGACACUGACUCUUCUUCUUCUUCUUCUGUUUAUUUUGGAGAAUUUCCAGUAGUUUGACUGAAGACUUACAGACUCUCAUUCCCACGGUGCAGUUUUUACGAGGGUGGUCCCGUAAGAAUUUAUGAUUUGAAAACCCAUUUAGACUUUGUUUCUGUACUUCUGGACUUAAAGCAGUUUUUUGAACUCAUCAGGAAUCAUCUCACAGCCUCUGAGGGAUUUGAUCCACUUUUCAGGGCUUCCUCUGAAACCCACGCCCGUUUCUAAAGUCACAGAUCAAUCUCCAAUUUGCAAGUUUAGUGGCAAGAAAGGAGUUUGUGGUGGGAAGCAACAUCAUCUAAAAUCAGACUUUUAGCUGCAUUUACAUUCAGAUUUAACUCUUUUGCUUUACACAUGGACUGUUUUCUUUUUACAAAUGCUUGUUGAUGAUACUAUUCUUUCCAAAUACCAAAAUUUAACAUCAAAUUAGAGAUUAUACUUACAAGGCCGGCGUGGCAGGGUGUAAACUUAGCUAAUCAGCAAGACAUGCAAUUAAUCAGCGAUAAUGAUAAACAGGUGGGCAAUAUCACUCACCAAUUCACGUUGUAUGUAGUCUGAAGUUAUCCGUGUUCAGGGUUAAUCAGUCCUUCACGUUUGGGUUGUAUAAGCGGCAGUUUUAGCAGUUUUGUUCAGUUUUUUCUAACUAAAUUUAAGCGGUUGUGCUUGGUGAUCUUUUCCAGUCAGCGUCUCCCACCUCCUCUCUCUUGCUGCAUGUGUGCUACCAUUGGCUGGCCAGAGAUCACGGGAGAUUUAAGCGUGAUUUGACAAAACUACGCUACCAUGGCAUUUGAUUUAAAGCAUCGCAAUUUAAUUACAUUUUUAAAAAAACAAAUGAAUGAUUUCAACAUCAACAUCAUCCAUUUUACCUUUUAAGUCUUUUUUCUUUCUUAGAGAUAUUAAUCUGGUCAUUUCUGUGAUUUAUUUUCUUAGAUUUUUUUCUCAUCUUUCUUAAUAAGUGAUCCGGUGAUUAAACAACAAAAAACAGCUUUACCAUCAAAAUCAGGACAAGCAGUUCCGCCUGUAGCUUGUUUCUAGACGCUCAGUAUGUUCAGGUUUCAGCUCACAGGGAUUGAACUGGAGCAGAGUUGUCUGUGUGAGGGUUUGGUCACUGUUGAAUCCAAGUAUAUCUUGUCUAAUCGAUCAGCCUUCAGGUAAAAUUCUCUGGAAAAGAAAGUGUAGCCUGCAGCCAUGGUAGCACCUUUAAGAAAAUACAAUUCUUUUUAUUUUUGGGCUUUCAGGCCUUUACUUAGAGGACAGGAUAGCGGGUAGAGCUAGAAACAACAGAAGAGAGUGGGGACUAACAUCCAGUAAAGGGGCUCUCAGGUUGUAAUCCAAACAUCACCAUCUGCCUUGAAGAGUAUGACCUCUUUACAUGAGGUGCAAGUUUUACCACAAGGCCAAACUGGCAGCCUGGGAAAACAAAAAAGGAAACAUUUCUGUCUCGAUCUCAGCAGUUUGAGCUGUCCCUUAAAACAUGUGUAAAAAAACAUCCCUAGUAAACAGAUGGUGGUUAUUGGCCCCUGAAGUCAUAUAAGUGUUUCGAUUUGGGAUUUAAGAUUUGCCAAAAUGUGCAUGAUAUUCAGCUCAGUUACUUUAUACUAAAGAAAUAUAGAGGUUUGUUUCUGUUGUAAUUGCCGACUGUAUUAUGUGGAAAAUAAGAAAUUAAAACUGUUGAUAUAAAGUCUGUAACUGUAUUCAUUUAAUCCUUUUUUUUUUCAGAGCCAACCUGUGCAUGGUGAAGGAACUGGGCGACCGGGCAGCUCAGGGUCGUACCUAUGGUAACCUUGGCAACACUUACUACCUGCUGGGUGACUUUGAAUCUGCAGUGGCCGCACAUGAAAAGGUCGGUGACAAACCCGUGUUGACAGUCAAGGUUAUAAUCUGCUGUUCCCUCAAAUUCGUCUGUUCACAGCCUCUCAUAGUCAAGCAGCAGUAAAGCUUGAUUUUGGACAGAGUUAUUUCAAGCUUCUGAAGAAAAAGAAUUAUUUUUAUUUUAUCAGACACCGUGACUUUUUUAAAGCUGUGUUUGUCAUGGUUACCUCAAACCAUCUCCUCUUAAUCCUAAUCUUAAUUUGAUCCCUCAUGUUUGGCAGCGUCUGCUCAUCGCUAAAGAGUUUGGAGAUAAGUCCGCUGAGAGGAGGGCUCACUGUAACCUUGGCAACGCCCACAUAUUCCUCAGUCAAUUUGAGGUCGCUGCAGGUCAUUACAAGUGAGUAAACAAGUGAUGCUUUUGGUUUUUUGUCUUAUCUGGUGAUGAUCAUUGGUGGACGCAUCGUUGCGCUUCAGCGAUUCACAAACACGCUGAUGUUGUCAUAUUUUUUCCUUUUAGCAGCACUUUAACACUGAUACUGAAAACCUGUUUGUUUUCUCGCUUAUUCAGCUGAGUUGUUCAAGUAACUUUUGAACAAAGUUUAGGCAUAAAUGAGUACACCCCUUCAGAGUCCUCAGCAAACCUUUAGUUUCCUUUCAAAAAUCAACAUUUUCUACUUCAGACUUUACAACAAGGUACUCCCUCAAAUGUAGGCUUAUGAUUGCAAACAAGAUUUUUUAAGUUGCAUACAAGAAAAGCUUUUUUUUUUUCAAUUUAAAAUCAGGAUGCAAAAAUGAAUACAUCUUAAUCAAAGUUUUAAGAGCAAAGCUAAAUUUUAGUUACCAUAUCACCCUUAUUUUCAUCUUAUGGUAAAUGAAAUGUUGAAAUCAGAUUUGUCAAAACUUUGGAAAUUGUACUUUUGCUCAUCUAGAUAUUGAGUAAUAGAUUCCUUUUAAUAGAGGGUGUACUGACUUAUGCUGGGCUCUGUAUAAACACAUAAAGAAAUCAAGAAAAGAUAUAAAUACCAUAUUUUUCACACUAUAAGGCGCACCUGAUUAUAAGACGCACCAUCAAUGAACACGUCUAUUCGCGUCUAUUUUCAUACAUACGGUGUACCGGAUUAUAAAAUGCACAAAGCCAAACAAAACAGUCAGAUAAGUCAAACUUUAUUUACCUCAUUCAAUAACUCUGCAAGGCUACAGUAGCUGCAGUGCUCUGACAAGCCAAAAGGAUUUUAAGUGCGCCUUAUAGUGCGAAAAAUAUGGUACCUCUUUUUGACCCCCACUGUGAACCGUUCGUCACACUUUCAGACGGUGUUCAUUAUUUUGAUUUCAUCUAUUUACCAGCACUAAACGUUGAUAAUGAUGACUGUAACUCAGCUGCUUUGACUGAUACUUUUCCAAAAGUUCAAAACUGUUGAAAUUGUCUUUGUCUUGAUGUGAAACUCAUCUUUGAAAAUAUAUAAUAGUAUCAUAAAAAAGCUUACAUCUACAUCACAAUAUGUUAGCUAUUUGAAUGUUAGUCCUAUUGUGAUAAAUGAUGCAUUUAGGGAUAUGUUACCAAAUGGAUGGUUCAUCAGUCUCACAUCUAUCUUAAAUGUGAGUUUCAGCGGCUCGAUUAAAAAGUUAAAAAUCCCACACCCAGCUUUUUUUCAUGACACAGCAAUCUUCAGAAAAAUGGAAACAAAGAAAGAAUAGAUAACCAUCAUUCUCCUGCUCCCACCCUGCACAUUCUUUCACUGUCCUCCUCCUCCUCCUCCUCCUCUCUUUCGCCCUCAGGAGGACUCUGCAGCUGGCCCGGCUUCUGAAGGACAGAGCAGUGGAGGCUCAGGCCUGCUACAGUUUAGGCAACACAUACACCCUGCUGCAGGACUACGAGAGAGCCAUCGAUUACCACCUCAAACAUCUGGUCAUCGCUCAGGACCUCAACGACAGGUUACGAUCCUUAAAAAGAGACAUUUGGUGUCAGCUGUCCACCAUGCUGCCUUUCAAGUAUAAUGAGCAUGUGCAGUUGGAGUGUGGGUGGUCCCUGGACUAAUUACCUGCACAGAUUUAGCGGUGCGACCGCCAACACUAGUAAACUGCAAAAACACAGCAAAGUCACAAGGAAGCAGAACAACAGAUUUUAAAGCCAUUUACAUCAAAAUAGACUUUCUUAUUAGAAAUUAUAAAUCUGUUCCGAAACCGUGACAUUAUUUCCAAUCCAAUCCGCUUUAUUUAUACAGCACAUUUUAAAAAACAUUCAAGUCUACCAAAGUGCUGCACAAUAAAGCUAAAGAACAGACAAUGCUAAAAACAUCAAGAUGAAAUAAAUAAAAGCAGGUAAAAUGAAAUAAAAACACAAAAGCAUAAAAGAAAUAAAAGUGAUAAAGGACCAUAAAGGAUGUAAAAGGACAGAGAUCACACAACUCUCAUGCUGAGCUAAAAGCCAAGGAAUAAAAAUGAGUUUUAAGACGUAAUUUAAAAGUAGAAAGAGUGGGCGAUAUUUUAAUCUUGAGUGGAAAUUCGGGACACCGAGAUUUGGUACUUUGAGUUGGAGCUGAUCAGCGGACCCCAAAGAACGUGUGGGUGUGUAAACAUUUAAGAUGUCAGAGAUAUACUGUGGUGCUGAUCCAUUUAAAAGAUUUAAAAACAAAUUAUAAAAUUUUAAAAUGAAUUCUAAAAUGGACGGGAAGCCAAUAGAGGGACGCCAGAAUUGGGGUGACAUGGUCAUGUUUACGUUAACCGGUUAAAAGACGAGCGGCAGCAUUUUGAACUAACUGUAAGCGUGUGAAGAAAGCCUGAUUUACACUGACGUUAAGAGCGUUACAGUAGUCCAGGCAUGACCAAACUGUUCCACAAAGGUCCGUGUGGCUGCAGGUUUUUCUUCCAACCAAUCAAGAGCAGCAGUCUCACCAAUCAGCUGUCUGAAGACUGAGAUCAGCUGAUGAAAUGAAUCAAGUCUGGUGUGCUGCUGCUUUGUUGGAAGAAAAACCUGCAGCCACACGGCCCUUUGUGGAAUAGUUUGGACAUGCUUGCGUAGACCAAUCGUGUGGAAAGAAAAGCAUGAAUGACUCGCUCAAAAUCAUUAAAAGAUAAAACCGAUUUAAUCUUGGAUAAAAGCCUUAGAUGAAAAAAACAGGAUUUAACUUCAGAGUUGAUUUGUUGAUCCAAUUUAAAAUCAUUGUCAACUUUUACACCAAGAUUUGAAACUGUGGGUUUAAAAUAAGUUACAAGAGGGUCCAGCCCCCUGAGAGGGGUCUCCUGGGCCCCACUGGAGCCCAAGAUGAUUAAUUCGGUUUUGUUUUCAUUGAAGUUUAAAAAGCUUAAGGCUAUCCAGUCUUUUAUGUCCUUAAGACGGUCCAGCAGACGUUUUAGAGAGCUACCAUCCUUUUUCUCUAUUGGUAGGUAGAUCUGAGUGUCGUCUGCGUACAGAUGGUAAGAUAUACCAUGCGUCUUGAAGAUAAAACCAAGACUUUUUUUAAAAAUAUAAACAUUUAGAUCAGAAUUAAACCUUGUUGGUCACUCUGAAGACUCAUCUGGAGGUAUUUUGGCGUCUUAAGAACCUUUUCAACACAUUUGUCUCAGACUGGAGCCCAACGAAGACAAAACAGUGUUUUUAAUCUUUAUUUUAAAGUAUGUUAUUAAUUUAAAACAAAUUAAAAGUUGAUAACCCAAAGGUGUGUCGACUGUAGCUGGUGGUAAAACCUAAUUUUUUUCAGUUUACAGAUAAUAUUAAGGCUUAAAUUUCUUUGCUGAACGGUAACGCAGACAUUUCUCUGCUUUUAUAUUAAGAAACGUGGAUUUUUUCUUGCGCAAUAAAGUGUCUGAGUUGUUCUUUCAUUUAAGUCACAAAUAAGAUGCAACUGGAAGAAAAUCAAGAGACUUCUGUGAACGCAUACAAAUGUUGUAAGGAAAGAAUUAUGAGGAUUUUUUCACGAUUAAAGGAUUUGAAGGUUAGAGUCAAUGCACAGCUGUUAAAUACGAGUUGUUAUUGUGAAAUGCGCUCCAGCUCACGCGCUCGUCAUGUUUUUGUGAUUUUCCUGGAUGAUAGUUUGAUGACUGCCCUUCCCCUUUCUUGCAUAAUCUUAUAAGCCAAAGUUGCUCAGCCUGUUUCCUCCCCCCCUCUGUGUCUUUCCACAGAGUCGGUGAAGGAAGAGCGUACUGGAGUCUAGGAAAUGCCCACACCGCCCUGGGGAAUCAUGAGCAAGCCAUGCACUUCGCUGAGAAACAUCUGGAAAUUGCCAAAGAGGUGACUGUUUAGGUUCACCUCCUCCCUCAGGGUCCAAUCAGCAGCUGCCAUCAGCCUGCACCGCCCUCUAGUGGUAGCAGUAGAAACAGCAGUGGAUAAUAGCUCCUCUGUGUGCAUUUUUAGAGACAUAAAACCUGCAGAAAAAAGCAUGGAAUAAAUGAGUUUGGUGUUGAUAAUUUUGCAGACUGGAGACAAAAGCGGGGAGUUGACGGCCAGGAUGAACUUGUCUGACCUGCGGCUGGUCGUAGGCCUGAAGUCCAAUUCCCACAUCCACCCGAACGUCUUCCGCAACACAAAUACAAACAGCUCUGCUCUGCCGGCAAGCUCUUACAGCUUCCCCAACCUCCCAGGUGAACUCUUCUUGCUACAGCGCCUUGACCUGACUAACAUUUUGAGUAGAUAACUGCAGUGCCCAAGAAAUUAUCCAAGACUAUUUUCUUUGUAAGGUAUCAUAAAAGAGGUCUUAUGUAGUUUCUGUCCUUUGGUUACGAUCACAGUUCAAUAGUUCAAUAGCAUCAGACUUUCCACUAAUUUACAACCGGCUGUUAUGUGCCAAGAAUUGCAUCAGUAUGCCAGUAAAGGUAAGGGAAUAUAGACUGCAGGCUGGUACACGUGUUCUUGAGACCUUAGGGAUACACGCAUCGAGUUACACUGCACAUAAACUUACUCUUGUUUGCCAUAAAUCAUCCCGUCCCGCUGGUGUUGAAGUUAUAUAAAUGUAUUAACAUGUGGGCACAGGGUUAAUUUUUUUAUUUGUGCAUUUUUGCUCCAGCUGUCAAGCCCGCAGAACACCUUGAACUGAGGCCAAGUCCUGACAAAACUCAGCUUGGAGACCCAUCAGCACAGCAAGUACGUGUAAAAAUACUUUAAAAUACUUAAACUGUGAAGUUUGCAAUAAGUGUGUUGAUUUUAAUUAGUCCUAUCAUGAAGGAGUUUUGUUUUACAGCAUGAAUAAGAGCCUGAUUUUAUGUAAAGAAUUAGUUAUUAUUACUAGAAAGGGACUGAAAUGGUGGUGUAUCUGUUUGCACCUCACAGGACUGGGAAGAGGACUCAUUUCCAGGGUCUUCCAAAACCAGCACCAUUAAGGCUUCUACCAAACUCUUCCUCUUCCACCGGUUAAAAAGCAAGAAGCAGAAAAGCGUCAAAUCUCCCCCGAAAGACCAGCAUGAGAACCACAUAGAGGACUCAGCUCCUGAGCUGGAAGCGCCAGUGUCUCCUCAGGUACUGGAUCUUAUCAGUAUGAACAGUAUCUAUGGGAGGUAAACAGCUAAAACUGUGCAAAUAAUAAAAACAUCGAAAUUUUUAAUUUAACAUCAAGCAAAAUGGACACUAGAGAGCCCGUGUUGAAAGGUUUAUUCAUGAAGUCUAAAAAUAGGUAUGUUGGGGUUUGACAGGAGCUUCCUGGUGUGCAGAUCUUUGUUUCUCCUGAAGGAUCUACAUGUCAGAAUAGGAUUAACUCGGUUUUCAUAAGGACCAAAGAUAUUUUUAAAAAGGCCUUAAUAUUUUAAAAGUCCUGUUUUCACAGAAUUUCAAGAAAAAAGUGCCCAUAACAAAUGCAAAGAGUGUGCGAUAGAGUCGAUAUAACCUUUAAAAUUGUGGUUUAUUCCUGUUUUCACAAAAAGCCCGUCAGCUGUCCUUCAGCCGCCUCAAUGACCCUUUUAACUAAGUUAAUUUGUCUUUUUCCCCCCACACUGUAGCCCGGGUCGAGGGACACUAUCGGAGAAGAUGGAUUUUUCGACCUGCUGUCUCGUUUCCAAGGCAACAGGAUGGACGACCAAAGGUGCUCCCUACUCGAUGGCCAGAGCCAUCUCCCUGCCCACUCCUCUCCCUCCUCCACCCCACCUGUAGCUGAGAGGAAAUGUGAGUCAGCCCUUAUGAUCCCAUCUGUGUUCACACCGUAUCACAAAAGCGGAGAAGAUACAGAAUGAAUGCUUAAAGGUCUGACAGUCAUUUCCUGGUCGACUUGAGAGAGGCUGAUGCCUUUAACAUGGUGUGAACACAGCAUCUCCAUAAAUACAUCGACAUAUGAGAUGUGUGUGAUUAAUCCUGUGUGCUGUGUUCACUCCUUAUUCGUGCUUUGUGUCGAGUUCAGCCUUCAGCUGGAACCAGGUCACAGGUGCAUACUUUCCAACCUGACUGUGCUGCCAUGUUUUCCUUUCCUCCUUUGUUCCAACUCUCUGCCGUGAAAACAGGUGGUAAAAAGGUGUCGAUAUCUUUAGAAGCGUAAUUGAAACAAUAAGCCUGUCUGUUUCUAAUCCUCGGUGCUGGUCGGCUUCUGCUGCACCGUCAGGCAAAAUUUGUCCACUUAGUUUGAUGCUCAAAAAAUAGUUUUUGUUUGUUAAAUAUUGCUCUAUAUUGUAAUGACUAUUAAAAAAUACAAGUAGGGCUGGGCGAUAAACUGAAAAUUUACCGAUACUGAAAUUUACGAUGAUAACCUACAUCAUUUUGCCCAUGUCAAUAUAUUUGGUGUCAAAAAAAUAGAUAAAUAAAAGUUGGUUUUGGAUGUGUGUAGAUAGGCUAUGGUCUCACGUCAUCAGAGAUGUGACACCAGCCUAUCCAGUCCGUAACGAAGACGGUAAGACAGGUGAAGAGAUGGAGGAAAGAAGUGGCGACUGAAGUAGACAAUGUUAACUUGGAAGGGGAUGAGCUGCUUGUGAAGUAGUUAUCGCCCAUUUAUUGUUAUCGAGGUGAACUGCUCAAUAUAUCGUGAUAUUGAUUUGAGGCCAUAUCGCCCAGCCCUAUGUACAAGUAUGGGUACAAGCCCAACACAAAAUCCUCUAUAAGUCUCAAAAAUCGUUCAAAAAUAAUGUUUUUUUUCUCUUUUUAGCUAUUUUGGAGUGCGCAACACCAUUGCAGGAUCCUGGUCAUUUCCUGGAGCUGCUGGCCAGCUCCCAGGCCCGUCGUCUGGACGACCAAAGAGUAAGCUUGAGCCAUUUUCCUGGCUUACGACUCAGCACCUCCAACCCGCCUCGUACACCAUCCACCUCCAGCACGGACAAGGCCCACCCCCCAGGUAAUGAUGCGCAAGUGUGAAAGCUCAGUUUUAUCACACGCUCACUAUCACUGCUCGUCUUCAGACUUUUUUUUUUUUUCUUUUCAGCCCAAAUAACCAAUCCAGAAAGUCACACACCCUCCCUGUUCAGUCGCCUCGAGGCGAGUGCUGAGCAGCCUGAGGGGGACGACGUCUUCUUCGACAUGCUCGUCAAGUGCCAGGUGGGAAAAUGAAACCAAGGAUGGAGAGUUUUUUACAUUUGGAUCAUUUUGAAAGUAUUUUGUCUUAUUGGCAAAAUUAUAAGGCUUUAGAUUUCAAAAGGAAGUGAUGCAAUUUUUAUAAACUUGUGCACAAGACAUUUUCUGAUCUGGAUUCAAUAUAUUUGGAUUAUUAUUGAGCUUCCAUGUGCAUGCCUACAGACAUGAAUACAUGUAAGACUUUAUUGUUAUAUUAGAUCAAAUUUAUAGGGCUGCGACUAACGAUUAUUUUAAUAAUCGAUGAAUCGGUCGAUUAUUUUUUCGAUUAAUCGAUGAAUCAGAUACCAAACAUUUGACAGAGCAAAUGAGUGCACAAAAACAGGUUGCUGCUUAAUUGUUCUGUUACAAUAAUAUUCAAUAAUAAGUUACAUUUUCUACAUCCAACCCGAGGCCACUGACAGUAGCAGUCCUGGUGCACCUUAAUCCGUGAUCCUAACCCUCUUUGACUCAUCCUCCUGUGGUUGCAGGGAGAUCAGAGUCAAUAGCCGCUCUCAAAUGGCCAUUGUAUCACUUAAUAUUUUCAAACCAAGCUGUUGGCCGUCUCCAUGUAUCUGUGACCUGUGCUAAAUCGAGCCCAGCGUUAAACAUGACUCGCUGGUGUAUCACAUUGACACAGAUAGUUUUAAUCUCAUGGGAUCAAGCAGUGCCAGUUCACAGAGGGGCCACAGCUGCUCUUCCCUGACUGCGGAAGCUCAAUGCAUUGUGGGAAACAAUUGGAUUUACUCUGAGCCGAGCGCUUGCUUGUCCUCUGGUCUAAUGAACAUAUUGCUGUUCAUCAAUUUAAGAGGAUCUCAUUUGAUCCAAUAUUUUGUCUUUUUUUUAAUCAAAUGAAUUUUAAUAUAUUUUCUUGCUUUAAUCAAGACUGAGGGAUUAUUCUCCUAAAACAUGAAAUUGUUCAGCAAAUUAAAAUUUUCCCCUUAACCCUAGAAAACUAUCGCUAAAACUAGUAACAUCAUCACUAUCGCAGGUGAUUUUUACCCGAAAUAAUAUACCAAGGAAAAAGUAUUAAAAUAGGACAAUACAUGACAAAUUAAAGUAGUUUUCUUUUAUUUUCAACGGUGCAAAGUGCCAUGAGGGGACCAUAUAAUAAUAAUAAUAAUAAUAAUAAUAUAAAAAAAUAUAUAUAUAGUGUAGGUUCCUAAACAAUGAGGCCAUGAGAUUGACUCUCUCGUCCCUCAUCAUCCCCUUAGCAAGCUAAAAAGAGCUCUACAGGAUUCCUCAGAACAUAUUGAAAACCACCCGGCGAUAGUGUUCUAGGGUUAAGAUGCCUUAAAAUGUGACGCUUGAGUGCAAAAACAAGUCGAUUUGCUUUUACAGGUUCAGAUAAAAAUGACUGAUAUCACUGAGAGCAUUCCCGCAGAGAAGAAUCAGUUUUUUGUCAGACUAGGUAGACGUUAAAGACGGCAUGAGUUACAUUUCAAACUGCUGGAUAUUCCCACGACUGUAUGUGCUUAAUUUAAAAUCUCUCAACAAACAUCAGCUAAUCUGACUCUAUUGUUGCUCGAUCUCGUUUUAGGGCUCCAGGCUGAACGACCAGAGAUGUGCUGCUCCACCCUCUGUAAAUAAAGGACCAACUGUUCCAGAUGAAGACUUUUUCAGUCUCAUCCUGCAUUCCCAGUCCAACAGGAUGGAGGAGCAGAGAGUUUUGGCGCCCCCCGGUGUCACCCAAUCCAAACCAGACUGACCCAUAAAGGAUUUUCUCAGUGUCUCAGGAGGAUCUGAGAUGAACUAACCGAGCGGUCAUGAGUUUUUCUCACAAGCAGCUCUCUUGAUGUUUGUCUCUUUCGGGCUGUUGUGAGAAAAUCCCUGUGAGACCACGAAGAACCUAAGGGACGCCAUCAGAAACUGAUCAAACAUGAACUUUAUGGAUGUAAAGUCUUGGGAAAUUUCGCUUUUCCGGACACAUGAAUAUGUUUUUAGAUAAGUGACGCUGUUUCUGGGGAUCUUGACAAAGUUUACGAUGCCCUCCUGCUGUUUUCAGUAAAAGACCAGUGACACAGUUCCUCCUCGGGAGGAUCCUGACAGACCUCUUAAAAAAAAAUGUAGCAGGUCACGUUGGGACUCAAAGUACUCCACUUGAAGGAAGCCAACUGAAGGGAAUACUGCUUUAUGAUGGACAAUCGAGUCAAUGAAGCUUUGAAUAUUUCAACAAAGUGUAAUAUAACGUGCUGUUCUGCCCAUCUGUGCAUACUUUUGGCGUGUAGGAGCAGUAAGUCUUGGCUGGACUUGAUUUUAGACCCACAAAUCUUCUCUGAGGCCAUAAGAGGUCCACACCCAUCUUUCUACCGUAAACAAGUGGAUUUACUUCUGUUAGGUGUUGCUUUUUAAAAACCUAAAGACCCAUAAGUUUGUUUUUUUUUAAGUGGAAUAAUUUUGCCAUGGACUCUACUUUUUUGUUAUUACAAGAUUUUACCAGGGAUAAACUGUUGUGAGAGAAAAAGAGAAAUGUGGUUUUAACGUUUUUUUAUUGACACCUUCUCCUGUCAUGGGAGAAAUAAAAUCACAGAAGUUUA